CUCCAACAUGGCUGCGCCCUUCUCGGGCAUAUUACUCUGUCAGUGUACAGAGAAACUCUGCUAGUUUACUGCGUAUUUACUGCUGAUUUUCUCUCACUGCGGCAGCAGCAGCAUGGAGAGGCGGGAGUUCGUGGCGUCGCUCGUGGCUGGAGGGUGUGCGGGCAUGUGUGUUGACCUCACCCUCUUCCCUCUGGACACCAUUAAGACCCGCUUACAGAGCCAGCAGGGCUUCUACAAGGCCGGGGGCUUCAGGGGUAUCUACGCUGGAGUCCCCUCUGCUGCCGUUGGCUCCUUUCCUAAUGCUGCUGCGUUUUUCGUCACUUAUGAAGGCACCAAGUCCCUCCUCGCUGGCUCUGUCUCCACGCACAUGACGCCCAUCACACACAUGAUCGCCGCCUCGAUUGGAGAAAUCGUGGCAUGUCUAAUCAGAGUUCCUACAGAAGUGGUGAAACAGAGAACACAGGCCUCUCCCUCUCAACACACACACCACGUACUGCUGGCCACACUACGAGAGGAGGGCGUGCGAGGGCUGUACCGGGGUUUUGGCAGUACCGUACUCCGAGAGAUCCCGUUCUCUCUGGUUCAGUUUCCUCUGUGGGAAUAUUUAAAGACUGUGUGGUGGAGGAGGCAGGGGGAGCGGCUGGACUCUUGGCAGGCUGCAGUGUGUGGAGCUGUUGCAGGUGCAGUAGCAGCAUUUGUCACAACUCCCCUGGAUGUGGCGAAGACCAGAAUAAUGCUGGCUAAGGCUGGGACGAGCACAGCGAGUGGAAACAUCCCUCUGGUCCUGUACGAGGUGUGGAAGAGUAAAGGAGUGUUGGGGCUGUUUGCUGGUAGCAUCCCCAGGAUGACCUUCAUCAGCGUGGGUGGCUUCAUCUUCCUCGGAGCUUACGAGAAAGUCCGUCGCAUGAUGUUAUAGUCAGAUACCCUGUGGAAGACUGGGAUCUGGCUGAGUCUCACGUAGGGUCAGAUCUCUCUCAUUAAGACCUGAUGGAGAGAUCCUGAGACUCUGACGUCUGCUCUGAGGAACUACACCACAGUACUGACCUCAGAUCUGCAGAAACGGACAAAUCUGACGACACUGUGAAGCGAGGCGUAGGGCGCAGGUCAUACCAGGAGAGGGGACCCAGCAGUGGCCUUCUGGGGGCAAUAGCUGGCACACCUGGUGCUGGAGGAACCAUCAGCAGAUCACAUUACCCAGCGGUUUGCAUUCCUGGCCAUCGAUGCACUGCAUAUUAAGUUUAACGGCCCGAGUUCCAGGGAUUUUAAAGCGCGGCUCGUUUUCAGAAGGACAUGCCAUCCUGAUCGUGUGUGUGUGUGUAUAUUUGUGAAUGUGUGUGAAUGUAACAUUAAAAGUGUUUUAUGCUGAAA